CCGGUAGACAGGCCCGAAAAAAGAAAGAUGGCAGAGAGAAAUUGCGGAAGAGAAAAUUCGAAAAUGAAAGUCACAUGCGAAGCUCCCAUGCAUUAUUUAGAUUUAACGAAGUUUUAAGAACAUGUUUCUUGUCCAUUUAUUUAUAGGAUAGGGUAAAUUGAUGUUUUAUUUUGUUAUACACACACGCUGUAAGAAGCCCACUCGAUAACACCCAGUUUUUAUUUGUGAAAAAAUGAGUUCUGCAUCAGGGCGCCAUCGAGCGUCCACGCGACAGUACUCUGCUGAAGAACAAGCUUUAAACCAGAUCUCAAAAGAGGCUGAGUCCAGACUUGCUGCAAAGAGGGCUGCUCGAGCAGAGGCUCGUGAGAUCCGACUCAAAGAAAUUGAGCGUCAACAGAAACAGGAGGAAGAAAGACAAAAAACCCAGGAUGCAUCUUCAGAUAGCCAGUCAAGUAGGGUACGUAAUGAUUACAAUGAUUCUCGGAGAGGAAGUGACGAUUCGAGCUCCGCGGCUGAAGAAAUGGACACAUCACGUGACCAUCAGAGAGAGAUGAGGGUCAAGAUACGAGAGAUGGAUGAAAAAUAUAAAAAGGCGAUGAUGAUGAAUGCCCAGUUAGACAACGAGAAACACAGUCUCUUGUACAAAGUGGAACUGAUGAAAGAUCAAAUGGAAGAAAUGGAGGAAUCUUUUACACAGUUACAAAGGGAAUACAAGGAUAAGUGUAGGGAUUUAGAAAUGCAAAAAAGAAAUGUAAAAGAUAUGGAGUUUGAUUAUAAUGUAGCAAAGGAACAGCUGGCAAUAAAGGAAAAGUUAAUACAGGAAAGUGGUUUAGUUAUAGCUUCUUCUGAUGAGGGAGUUCUCUCCCUUGAAAAAUGUCUUCCGAAUGGUCAGAUUCCACAAGGGGGCGGUCUCCUGAUUUCAUCAGAUGCUGCGGAACUGCUGGAGAAAGCCGGUGUAGGCUCAUUAGAUGAUCGAUUACGUUCCUUUUUAGAGGAAAAAACUAAUUUGCUGAAAGAGAUAAAAGGUUUAAAGGAUGAAUUGGAAGAAGAGAAGUCCAAAAGAGAACACAAAACAUCGUCUGUACCACAGAUAAAUGGUCCAGAGAUGCAACUGUAUGAAGUUCAACGAGAGGCCAGUAAACAGAUACAUGAAUACAAAUUAAAGUUACAAAAGGCUGAGCAGGACAUCACUAACUUAGAGGGAACAGUGACAAGGUUAGAGACACAAGUCAAACGUUACAGAACAGAGUCAGAGGAAUCAGAAAAACUAGAAGAUGAGUUAAAGACAGAGAAGAGAAAGUUACAAAGAGAGCUCCGUGAAGCACAGACACGAGUUGAAGAAUUGACAAACCAAAAUAAACACUUACAAAAUCGAAUAGAAAAAAUGAAACAAGCCAGAGCUUUAGCUAGCCAAUAGCCCAGAGUCUGAUGGUUAGGACAUUUUCUUUUAAUUAAGAGUGUUUCUCGUUUGCGGCUAGUCUCACACAAAUACAGGACCCUCAUCCACAGGGAAGUCGCGCUAGCCCGAGUUGCCUUUGCCAGAAUUGUGAUCUUGUUCAUAUAAACUCUUAACAAUAUUGCCCUGUGAUUGGAGUGAAGAAAGAGUCUCAAAGACCUGGAUUGUUUUACCUGUUGUUCCAAAGUACACUUGAUCAUUUAUGGCCGAUUCUGUUUCUCAUAUUCUCAUCCACACCUUUUUGUGUAAUCAAUUUUAUCACAUCGUUGCUAAUACCCUAAAGAAUUUAUUUCUAUAUCGUUCACUUUAAAAGUGGAAGGCUGUUAGACUUGAUACUUUUUAUUGUAUUUUGCUUAAGUAUAGACAUAUUCACAAUAAUGGUACAUAUUCUUAAUGGGCUUGAUCCUACAAUAUUUAUAAUUCUUUGAUAUUUAUUUUCCUUUUGAUAUGGGUUGAGUGAAGAAAAUCUGUAUGCUGUUCAGUUUGUAUAUGUGGUAGAAAGGUAAAUGCUAGACUUUUUUCCCUCCCAAGAUCCUGUAAAAAUUAAAGCUUUAUUUUUAAAGCACCAAUUAAAAAAGAAACCUUUGAAUUAGAAAUUUCAGUAUGGAUCUUGAAUACUUAUUAAUACAUAACAUAUUCUGACCUUAAUGAUCAGAUUUUCUGGUGCAGUUAAUUUUCUACUAAUUUUACCAGAAUUUCCUCUGUUCCUCUGUCUAUUAUAAAUGAGAUGCUGAAUUUGUGUUUUGUCCUGUUCUGAGAUUGUUUAUUAUGUAUUGCGUAAUGGAUAUAAAUAGACACUGCUUCUUUGUGCAAUAGUGCAGAGUUUUGUUUGACAAUAAUCUAGAAGGCAAUAAUCACAUAUAUUUUAAUUCUAUGAAAUCUAGGGUUUUCUGCCCUGUGUAUUUUUAAUGUUUGAUAAAAAGGAUCUUCCAUUUUAUUCCCUGCGGAUUAAUUUGUUAGAAUAUUGACAAAUGAUAAUAUAGAGAAAGCUUUUCAUGAAAGUGAACAUACAAUGUAUGUGAAUUAGUGAAAGGUACAUAAUUCCUUGUUAAAUAGUUCCCUCUAACAGUAGCCAGUGUAUUAAUUUCUUUAAGUAGAUCAUCAAGAAGUUGGAGCAUACAUGUUUACUGAUAUUUAUACAUGACAGUUAAUUUUUAAUAUAAAUAUUGAUACUACAGUAUCUUGAAAAUAAAACAGAUUUGUCAAACAGAGAUGACUGAACCACUUUAAAUAUUAAUUUUUUUUCAAAUCUGAAUUGUCUCAAUGUCUCCCAUUUCAAGCGUUUUUUCCUCAAAUCCAUUUAAGUUCAAGAUAAUAAGGUUUGAUUGUAUAAGUGUAUUUUUUUGAGGAAACCACUGUGUCAUGAAAAGUUAUUAAAUUGUUAAGAAAGAUUACAGGUUUACUGAACUAAGUCAUAUGACAUCAAUAUUUCACAUAAAACGGUGAACUUUAUUAACUUGGAUGGUGGUUAUAUGGAAUUUUUUAUGUGCAGUUUAUAAAACAAUGUAUUGUACAACAUAUUGUUGUCAAUAAAGUCUCUGCUUUUUACCAGAA